AUGAUCAAUACGAGGCCGCUCACAUAUGUUGACGACGACGAUGUGUCCUCAUUCUCACCCCUUACACCGUCACAUUUCCUCUGUGGAGGAAGAACGGCAACCGGUUUUCAGACGGACAGCGACGAGGAGGACGGUCCGGAGACACCAGCAGCCAAGGUCACGAGGAUGUGGAAACGGCAACAGAUACAACUGGAUGUAGCAUGGAAGGUGUGGGAAGAUGAAUACCUCCCUGCUCUGCGCGAAGCAUCAAUGAGUCAACACCGACAGUCACGGAGUAGCAUCUCUCGGACACCAACAGUCGGAGAAGUGGUCGUAAUCCAAGAGACCGGCCAGCCACGUGGAAGUUGGAGACUCGGCAGAGUGGUAGAAAUCUUACCUGGAGUCGAUGGCCAAGUCAGAGCUGUCAAGCUGAAGACGGCUAAAUCGAAGGCAGUGUUGUCGAGACCGAUCAGCAAGCUCUAUCCGCUCGAGCUGCACGUUGUCGAUGACGUCGGAGCAGUGGAGGCUGGUGAUAUGGAACACCGCCCGGCACCGGCGACGGCUAUGGAACAGGCAAUGGCGGACGAAGCUGCUCCAACCAUGUUCCAGCCUAGGCGGGCAAAUCGCAAAGCAGCAGAGAAGGCCCGUGAGCGUAUCGCAGAGUGGCUACACAGGGAGAUGAGGAUGGUUAUAGUCAAUUUCUGA